AUGGUUGCCGACGGGCUCGGCUUUCAAAAGCUGGAGGUGUCGAGGCGUCAAUCCAUCUUGGGUCAACUUUUCUUUGAAGGGCUGGCAGGUAGAUCUGCAUGUGUUUCAGGAUUGAACUGGCUUGGUUUUGGUGAAGCUUGUUUUGAUGGCGCGGCAGUUGUGAUUGAGGAAGAGGCUGUUGGUUGGCUUUCAAAGUUGAUGCGUUUCUUAACAAGUGUUUCUGAACUUCCUAUGCUUGGAUCUUUCUCAAUUUUCAUGGAAACAGACUGGAGUACAUUUUUGAGUGUUGGGUUUAUUGCACCUGAGGUGAUGAUGAACUGGGUGUGUCUUUUCUGGGGGGUUGGUCUUCAAGCAUAUUCUUCUCGGUGUUCAUGUCGUCAGCGGUAUAGAGCUUUAGAAUUGUAUGAUAAGCAGACUCGUGAAGAGAAUACUAACAUUUUUCUCUGCUUCAUACAAAUCAUUCCCGCUGAAUGGGAUAAUUUUCUCUGCAUCAAAUUGUGUACCUUGCUUCAACGUAAGUAUUUGCCUGGCAGCUUCGACAUUUCAUUGCCGUGUUUGGCGGCAUAUUGUAAUUCUUGCGGCAGUUGCUGCACGUGGCUGACCAUAAAGAUUGCUGUCGCCUGCGAGCUUGAUUUUUCCACUUAUCCAACAAGAUACAAAAGGAAAUUUAAUUUGCCUAUUGCCAUGAACUACAAUGCUACUAAUAAGCUCACCUGCAAUGUCAUCCAAAAGCCCCUGGCACACUUUUUUAUGUUUACCUAUAAUGCAAAUGCAAAUUGUAAAACCACUGUAGACUAA